AUGGCUGGCGUCAUUGACCGCCGGCCAUAUGAUUAUGCCCGUCUCAACGGCAACACCCACGAGAUACGACUCAUUCAUCUCUUCCGCACUUUAUCGGUCGACGGCUUCAUCCAGUGUCGUUUGGAGACGCUGGAAUUGUCCAAAGCAACCAACCUCAGAGCUCUCUCUUAUGCAUGGGGUCCCGAGCAACCUAAGCGUCAGAUCAUUGUUGACGGCAAGCUUCUCACAGUGCGCGAGAACCUGUACGACUUUCUGCAGGCGUACAGCAGGAAGUCAAAGCUCGCAAAACGACGAAAUCUGUGGAUAGACGCGAUAUGUAUAAAUCAAUCCGACAUAGAGGAGCGCAAUCAUUAG